AUGCCUCCAACUCCGGCCUCUUCCACUGAGAUGAAGGGCCAGGACCAUUCGCGCCAACUGUCCACGCUUCAGAUGUCCUUUGAGUUACCCCCGUCCGCCAUAACCCCCCAUCUCAAUUCCCAGUCGCAGGGCCCUGCAGCCAAGACGUCGCCCGGGUCGCCCGGGUCGCCCUCCGCCAAGGCUACCACCUAUCCCGUUCAACCCAGCGAGACGGUCAAGUCGAGGAGGCGCUCUUCUGCUGCGCAAAAGGAGACUUUCGCGCUGCCUCCUCCGCCCACUAGGUCCCGCCGAAUCAUCCAAAUGAAGCCCCGUCCCCAGGAGGAGCUCGCCGAACAGGGCGCGCCGGACAAAGCAUCAUCGGCAAGCUCGGGCAAGAACACUACCGGCGGCGCCGGGUCCAAGAAGAAGCAGCCGUCGGCUACCAGUGCCGCAGGGAGGAAGAUCGCGAGGAAGACCGCCCAUAGUUUGAUCGAGCGACGUCGGAGAUCCAAGAUGAACGAAGAGUUUGCGGUACUCAAGGGCUUGAUACCCGCCUGCACCGGCGAGAUGCACAAGCUCGCUAUCCUCCAAGCAUCUAUUGAGUACGUCCGGUAUCUCGAGGACUGCAUCUCAAAAUUAAAGUCGCAACAUGACGACCGGGCAGCCACGGAAAACCCAACCCAAUUUAGGCUCCCUCCGACAAAUGACAAUGCCACGUACGAUAUGGAAGAUAAGGAGGAGGACGAAGAGGAAGGAGGCCCAGAAGACGUCGAGAUGACAGGCUCGGAGGCCGCCUCUGCGCAGACACCUGCGCGCUCCCACCAGUCGUCGAUAUCGCCGGCGCUCGUAGCGCAGGAUGCCCGUGGGAGGCGGCAAUCUUACUCGUCCGCCUCGACCGAGUACCGCCAUUAUAGCUACAGCGGGCCGUCCACCGCGUCGCCGGCGUUUGGGCCUCAGGCCUACCCACAGCCCGUGGCGCCAGCGUCCACGUCGCAUUCCGCUCUUACGAGCCCGGUUCUUCGGCCCCAGCAGGAGAUCGAUCAGGAGGCCUCGGCGGCGCUCCUGAUGCUGAAUGUAGACCGUAGGGGAAUGGCUCAUGGCGGUCCGGGAAGGGGAAUGAGUGUCAGGGACCUGCUUAGCUCAUGA